GAUGGAAGAACUUACGGCGUUCGUCUCGAAGUCUUUUGACCAGAAAGUGAAGGAGAAGAAGGAGGCGAUCACGUACCGGGAGGUGCUGGAGAGCGGGCCGCUGCGAGGGGCUAAGGAGCCGACCGGCUGCGCGGAGCCCGGCCGCGACGACCGCAGCAGCCCGGCAGUCCGGGCGGCCGGCGGAGGCGGCGGAGGAGGAGGAGGCGGAGGCGGAGGAGGCGGAGGAGGUGUAGGAGGAGGAGGAGCAGGCGGAGGAGCUGGAGGAGGGCGCUCUCCCGUCCGGGAGCUGGACAUGGGCGCCGCCGAGAGAACCAGGGAGCCGGGCAGCCCGCGGCUCACCGAGGGGAGAACGAAGCCAAGGCCGGCUAAGGUCCAGGCUGUGCUGUUUCUUUCGGUGGACACUUUAGGCUCUUGUCUGUUUGUUUUAUCCCCGGAGCUGAAGGAUCGCAAAGAAGAUGCGAAAGGGAUGGAGGACGAAGGCCAGACCAAAAUCAAGCAGAGGCGAAGUCGCACCAAUUUCACCUUGGAACAACUCAAUGAGCUGGAGAGGCUUUUUGACGAGACCCACUACCCGGACGCUUUCAUGCGCGAAGAACUGAGCCAAAGACUGGGGCUGUCCGAAGCCCGAGUGCAGGUUUGGUUUCAAAAUCGAAGAGCUAAAUGUAGAAAACAAGAAAAUCAACUUCAUAAAGGCGUCCUCAUAGGGGCUGCCAGUCAAUUUGAAGCUUGUAGAGUAGCACCCUACGUCAAUGUAGGUGCUUUAAGGAUGCCAUUUCAGCAGGAUAGUCAUUGCAACGUGACGCCCUUGUCCUUUCAGGUUCAGGCGCAGCUGCAGCUGGACAGCGCCGUGGCGCACGCGCACCACCACCUGCACCCACACCUGGCCGCGCACGCGCCGUACAUGAUGUUCCCGGCGCCGCCCUUCGGACUGCCGCUCGCCACGCUGGCCGCGGACUCGGCCUCUGCCGCCUCGGUUGUGGCUGCUGCUGCCGCCGCCAAGACCACCAGCAAGAACUCCAGCAUCGCGGAUCUCAGACUGAAAGCCAAAAAGCACGCGGCUGCCCUGGGUCUGUGACGCCAACGCCAGCGCCAACGUCACGCCUGCAGCUUGGCCCGCAGCCUGCACGCCCUCCGAGCCCCGCUGCUUCUCCAUUACCUGCUCCAGACUUCCGGAGCCGAACCUCUUUUCGCCCCGCUGAUCUCCCCUUGCCCCCUUCCGCAUCCUGGACUCGGAAGGCGGGACCAGGGAUCCCACAAGGCGCACCAGUUCCGUGGCUCCUAACCUACCCAAGGGCCUAGAAAUCGGCAUUGUAGGGGCAGGUUUGGGGAAGUCUGGAGAGACACUGGACAAGAGAGUGCUGGGACAGUCGAGUGUGGCUCACGGCAAAACUGCACGAUGGACUCUUGCGUAGAAAUAAAAAUCCUGUUGUUACAAAAUGAGGAGGAAAAAAAGUAGAAAAGACGAGCCAGAGAGAAAAAGAGAAAGGAAACUUAUUUCUUAUUGCUAUUCGGCAGAAGCUGAAAUCGGAGAGAGAACCAAGGAACAAAAAAAGAAAAAAAGAAGUUAAAGUAUUUUGUACAUUAAAAAAUAUGGAAAAAUAACGUGGACUAAUCUCGAGAGAAUGGGAGGGAGUUACCAACUUAAAAUGUACGUUUUUUUUUUUAAAUAUGGGCUAAGAAGGCAAAACAGAGGAAGAGGUAUACUUAUUUAAAGAAUUAAGAUGGAAAAAAGUACGCAGCUGGAAAGUUCACAGGUUUUGAAACUGACCUUUUUCUGCGAAGUUCACUUUAAUACAAGAAAUUUGAUAAGAGA